AUGUGGAGCUAUGCACAAGGCCUUCCUGGCCUAGGCCAUGGUUUUAUGAUUUGGAUGCCGUCCAACCCAUCCCCUUCAUACUCGCCAUCCCGUCCGUACUCUCAUCGUCGAUAUAUUUCUUCAUCUCCGACGCAAAACACGCAAGAAGAAGGCGAAGUACCAUCGAACCACCCUCCACCCCCUUCCCCACACCCAUUCGCUCGUCAACAUCUAGCUCUUCCUCCAUCACUACCCCCACAGCGAUGGCUCAAAUGCUCCCCCUUCCCUAACCCAACCUCGGCCCUAUCUCGCCUCUCGCACAUCCCGAAAUCCUCAUGCAGACGCCCGUACCCUGGCAUGGCCGCGGCCUGCGUUUCUCAGACAGACGGCCAGAUCCCUUUGUUAGCCGUCUUUGGAUCGUCGACGAAGGACGGCUUUCGGUCGGAAAUGACGUGGAUGGGAAUGGAGAGUCACUGUCGUCUAGCCGAUGAUAUUACCCCCUCAGAUAGAUCUCUUCGAGCUGGGGUGGAUUCACAGUGCGAACGGACUGGAGAAGCUGGAGCACUGCGGGACGAUAUCCGACUUCUCACCUUCCUCGACUCCGAGAUCGAUGCCGAAGUCGAAUUGCAGCUCCUCGACGAUUGUAUGGACUCGCGAGGAACGUGA